UUCUCAACUCAAGUGAGUGACCAUACAUACAACCCAUCAAAACCACCUCAAACUCUUCACAUUCUCUUCUUUCUUUGUCCCUUGUUCAUCUUUUCCACUUAACUCAAACCCAUCAAUGGAAAUCAUCACAUCACCACCACAACCCACUAACCAACCACCAUCUCCGGCCACCAGCAGCAACAGCAACGCCGCCCAAACACCACCACUAACACCACCACCCGUUUCAAGAUCCGACCCACACCCACACCCAACAACCUUCGUUCAAGCCGACACCACUUCCUUCAAACAAGUAGUCCAGAUGCUAACCGGAUCAUCCAACCCGACCCAUCAUCCAGAUCCAACUCCAACUCCAUCAAAGUCAACAUCAUCCAUACCGCCGGUCAAAACCGGUCAACAAAAGAAAUACAAACUCUACGAACGUCGUAACAGCCUCAAAACCGGGUUGAUGAUCAACCCAUCUCAUUCGGGUCAUGGGUUAUCAUCGCCACGUGUCCAUGAACUCUUGUCCCCCAGCAUUCUUGAUUUUCCGGCGCUUACGUUAAGUCCGGUGACUCCAUUGAUACAAGACCGGUUUAAUAAUAAUAAUGAUAAUAAUAAAUCGUCGCCGUCGGUUUCGGAGGAAGAGAGGGUGAUUAAGGAAAAAGGGUUUUAUUUACAUCCGUCGCCCAGGGCGGCGACGCCCCAGCUGCUGCCGCUGUUUCCGGUGGCGUCGCCGAGGGCGUCGGAGCUGUCUAGUUAGAAUAUUAGAUGGUUAAGAAUUGUGAUUAAGGUUAGAGAUCUUUUUUUUUUUAAUUGUACAAUUUGGGUCUCUAUAAUAAAACUAAAAUUUGAUAUAAUAAUAUUGUUGUUUUGUUAACUAGAUAUUGAAAAUUGAAAUGAAAUGAACCUAACUGGUGACUUUUGUGAUA